AUGUCGACAACGGUACCCGAGGGUUUGACCGGUUCGCAGCAGGAAGCGUUUCAGGCGUUUGUGGAUAUCACGAACUGGAGCCAGGAUCCGCAACUGGCAGUUGUCCUACUGCGGUCGUGUGAAUGGAAUGUGGAGCAGGCGGUCACAGCCCACUUCGACGGGACGAUUAUGGACGAAGAUGACACGCCAGACACUGGUUCACAAGCUGGCGAUGUUGGAAGCUUGAAUAGUGGCAUUAGCAAUGGCGGAUCAUUAAGAUCUCAACAGAGAUCAGAUCAUCAACAGCCAACUUCGAUAAUGCAAGAACUGGAUGAACAAGAACUGUAUGAAAGCACGAAUAUAGCACCACGGGUCAAUCCUACUCCGCCAAUAUACGCCGCUAGAACAGGAGUUAAUGGUGGUGGGGUGUCGAUUAUUCAGACAGUUUUGCUGUUUCCGUUUAAUGUCGGUUAUAAAGCACUCAACACUCUGUUAUAUUUCUUGUCUUGGUUGUUCCCGUUUUUGCCUCGUCUGACUGGUUAUUAUCCAGCCAACAGGGCUGCUAGACAUACUGGAUCAGAGACGGGAGAUUACGCCAAAAACGCAGCUGCUCGGUUUAUUCGUUCUUUUGAAGAGAAUUAUGGAACCGGUCGUGCUGUUAGUUCAACUUCUGGUACUGGUUCUUCUUCUACUGGUGCUUCUGGUACUGGUGGUGCUGGAGCUGGUGAUAGUACUAUUUCAGAUGCCAAUGCUGGUGAGUCAAGUAGCAGCAGUGGUGGUAUUGAUAACAAUUCAAUUGAUAACAAUGAAGAUUCGUCUGUAUCGGGAUCUAUUCUGCCAUUUUUCCUGGGUGGAUAUACAGAAGCACUGGAAAAAGCCAAGACUGAUCUUAAAUAUCUGGUGGUGGUUCUUCAAUCGGAAGAGCAUGAUCUGACAGCGGAUUUCAAUCGGAAUGUGCUGUUAUCACCACAAGUGAUUGAUCUGUUGAAAAGAGAAGAUAUUAUAUUCUGGGCAGGUAAUGUUAAAGAGUCGGAAGCAUAUCAAGUAGCCAGUGGUCUCGAGGUGACCAAAUUCCCAUUCUGUGCUCUGAUUGCACCCAGUCCAAGAACACCGACGUCGUCAGUUCUUGUUAUGACGGUGCUAUGUAAACUACAGGGAGCUACAAUGGACUCGAAUGAGUUUGUUUCUGAGAUUGAAGAGCGAAUGGAAGCUCAUUCCCCGAAAAUAUUAGCAUUGGUGCUGGACAAACAAGAGCGAGAUACGUCGAGACGACUGCGAGAAGAGCAGGAUUCCGCGUAUGAACGAAGUUUACAAGCCGAUAGAGAACGAUUACGGAAACAAGAAGAAGAGCGGAAGAAAGCCGACGAAGAAAGAGAGCGUCAAGAACGAGAAGCUCGUGAGGCACAAGAAAAAGAAGAUCUGUUACAAAGAAACCAAACUCAAUGGAGACAAUGGCGAGCCCAGCAGCUACGAAAGAAACUCGAUCUCGUUUCUCCAUCGUCUGGAGCCAACACCCCAUCUCUUUCGAGUUCACCAUCCUCGACUACUAACGCUGCUGUUGCCGGAGCACGACCUGCCCGGAUCAGCUUACGGCUUCUGUCUGGCGAGCGAGUGGUACAACUUUUCUCGCCAACCGACACACUCGAAGACCUGUAUGCAUUUGUGGAAUGCCACGAGCUCCUCAAAGAGCCAGCACCCACCACCGAAACCACUGCCCCACCCGACUUCACAUUCACAUACAACUUCCAACUGUCGACCCCCAUGCCCCGCAAAGUGCUCGAACCCUCAACCGAUAUCCACAUCGCAGACGAACGCUCGGUGUACCCCUCAGGAAGCGUUCUUGUAGAAACAGCCGACCCUGACGACGACGAAGAUAACGAAUAA